GAAGUGUCCUCCUAGUCCUAACAAUUAUUUGAACGAGUUCUUGCGAUCGACUUGAAAUAUCUUUCGUACUGCCGGAACGAUGGCUAUCGACCUGAAAACGAAUCAGGGAGCGCUGCUAGCGGCUUUCAACGAUGUCGUCAGUGAUUCUAGUGACACGGAUUGGGCCGUGUUCGGCUACGACAAAACCAGCAACACGCUGAAGGUUCAAGAAACUGGAGAUGACGGUGUUGAAGGCAUGACGGAGGAGCUAAGCGACAGCAAAGCCCAGUAUGCCGUUGUGCAGGUCACCGAUCCCAACUCUGGCCUCAAGAAGAACAUACAGAUCAACUGGAUGGGCGAAGCACUGAGAGAGAGCCGCAAGGGAGUGGUGCAGCGUCACGUAGCGGAUGUCGAGCGUUUCUUCCGCGGAUGCCACGUCCGCAUCGCCGCCCGCGUGGAGGAUGACGUCGACGAGAAGCUGCUGCUGAGCAAGGUGGCAAAGUCAUCAGGUGCUAACUACGGUGUUCACAAGGAGAAGAAGAAGGAUUACGGACCAGUUGGACCCGUUGGUUCAGUAUAUCAGAAGACGAAUGCUGGUAGUGACAUUGAUGUCAACAGUCGUAACAAGUAUUGGGCCGACUCAGAGCAACAAGAGAAGGCGAGAAUACAAGAGGAGCAGAAAGCAAAGGCAGCAGAGAAGACUCGACUUGAAGCUGAAAGAAAAGAACGAGAGGCAGCUGAGAGCAAGAGACGUGAUGAUGCUUCACGCGCACACGACUCAAGCGUCCAAGCUAGAAAGCAACAGGAAAGACAGCAAGAGGCUGAACAGCGUGACGCAGAGCGGGCACGUUGGCGUGCACAGCAAGAACAGGAGCAGGAAGCUGAGUCCGAGGAGAGACGCGCCGCCGACGCAUCUCGCAAGCAACAGUGGAGUGAGGAGCAGUCCCGCAUAGCAUCCAACAAGACGAAGUUUGACAUGGGCAGUGGUCGCGAUGAAGAGGCCGCGCAGAGAGAGAAAGAACAGCGAUGGGAAGAGGAGCGUCAACGUAUUGCUGAGGCGAAGGCAGCAACACGUGCAGAAUACCAAGAUGAGGAGGAGGAGGAGGAACCAGAGCCUGAAGCCGAACCUGAACCUGAACCAGAGGCAGAACCUGAACCUGAACCAGAGGCAGAGCCAGAACAAGAUAUGUAUCAGAAUGUUGCCGAGAGCCAUGAGCCAGAGGAGGACCCAGAGGAGCUGUAUGACACGGCGGAGUCUCGGGAUGCUGUAGAGCCAGAGGAAGACAUGUACGCAACAGCAGAAGCACCAGAGGAGCCCGCACCUGCAGCAUCCGGCAAGCGAGCCCGUGCUGUCUACGACUACCAAGCAGAGGAGGAAGGAGAGAUUUCCUUUGAUCCUGAUGACAUCAUCGACGACAUUGAAGAGAUUGACGAGGGCUGGUGGAAGGGAACUAACCCGAGCGGCGAGUACGGCAUGUUCCCGGCAAACUACGUGGAGUUGAUCUGAGUCGUCGUCGUUGUUUAGUUCGUGUUAUAGCCGUCUUUACAAAACUGACAUUUCACUGGUUUUACUACGUACAAGCCUUUCCCCGUCCCAUUUUUACUAAAUUUCAAUUGCUGCUAACAGCUCGAAUAUUCCGAUUUUUUUAUCCUAGUUUCUGCUAGAUUCAGUAGGCUAACACACAUUGCAAUAGUUGUAUUGUCUACUUUGCAGUGUCAGGUAAGGGUACACAGA